AUGUGGCUGUUCGCGGCCAUCAGCCUCGCGAUCGCGACGCCGUGCUUCCGCGCGUGGCUCGAGGCGCUGUUCGCCGAGCUGUCCAUCAUCUUCUUCACGUACCUGCGGCUGGUGUCGGCCGGCCUGAGCCUCGUGCUGCUGCUGGCGCUGGCCUUCCACGGCCGCCGCUUCCUGCGCAGUCGUCGGACGGGCCUGGCGCGCGUCCACUGGCGGCGCGGCACCAGGCGCCGCGCGCUCAUGCUGCGCGUCAAGAGCACGACCAGCGAGAUCGCGGGCAGCGGCUUCUACCCGCCGCAGCUCUGGACCUCGUCGCUCUUCGCGCUGGCCAUGCUGCCCAUUAUCAACAGCGUCGUGACGGCGGCCGCCGCCCAAACGGCUUUCGACGCCGACGCGGCGGCACUCGUGACGCUGCAGCAGCAGCUGACGACCUGCAAGUACUCGGGAGGCGACGACUGUCUUGACGACGUGACUGCCAUCUCUGUGCUGGGGAGCUAUCAGCAGGCGAGUGGAUACUGCGUGGCCUUUGACGCGGCCUAUGUGAAUGUGACGACGGGGGCGGCACUACCGGCCCAGUACUUCCCCAUCGGGGUGGAGGAGGCCCACGCCCAGGGCUUUGCCAACAACUUCUCGGCGUGGUCCGAGACCAACCAGGAGAAGUUCAAGACGGACUGCCCCCUGCUGUUCAACGAGACGGUGAGUGGAGACGGAGAGGGGCUGCUGUGCUGUACCGAGACGCAGUACGAGAUGCUGAGCCUGCAGGUCCGGAAGCUGCCUGGAGAGUGCACGUCCUGCAAGCAGAACCUGCGCAACCUGUGGUGCCAGUUCACGUGCCAUCCGAGCAACAGCCUGUUCGUGGACGUGACGCAGGUGCGGCUUAUGGAGGGAGACGCGGACCACGCGGACGAGGUCUUCCCCGCCAUCGAGGAGGCCACCUACUACGUGGGCAGUGACAUGGUGCGCGACCUGCACGACUUUUGUGAGGCCGACUCGGGCUUCAUGCCGCUGUUGUGCGGGAUGAAUGCCGAUGGUAAUUGCUCGACGACAGGCUCGGACAUGUUGGGGUACCUUGGAGCGUACAGCUUUGACGGUGUGGGAUCGCCCUCGCAGGUGAUCUUCACUACGAUGGAGCAGCUGUCAGCGGCUGAGCAGGAGGACAAGAUCUGUGCCUGUGACAGCAGCAACACGACUGGCUGCUUUUCGCCGAUGGAUACGCGGCUUGAGUCGUGCGUGGAUACGUGUGGCUCGCUCUGUGCUGUGAGUGAUGAUGACAGCCGGCAGUAUCAGGCGGCUUGCUACAGUUCCGGCAGUACGUCGGCAUCCGACGAUUUGAGCACUGUCACUACAGCCACGACCAGCACCAGCGCUGCUGAUAAGCUUGAGUCUUUACUGUCGGAUUUGUCGUCCCGUGCGGAGGGUGGUAGUUUUGCCGUGCUAAACUAUGUCCUUGCUGUUCUCGCAUUCUUUGGCGCCACAGCGCUUGCGCUCGGCUUCGCGUACUCGACGCGGUACGGCAGGAAGAAGCGCCAGUCUGUGCUGGACGACCCUGUUAACGGUUUGGGAUCUGGAAUGCUGUCACUCGUGAAUUUGGAUCAGUUGAAGGGAAUCGGACGUUGGGAUGACCGGCUGACGAUGCACUUGAAACGCUGGGGAGAUUUCGUGGCCAUGGGGAACCACCCGUUGUACAUUAUUCUACUGUCGUUGAUGGUUGUCGUUUGCUGCUCGAGUGGGUUGAUCCGCAUGGAAGUGGAGACGGACUCCAUGAAGCUGUGGGUUUCCGGUAGGAGCUCUGUUUUUCAGGAGAGGACGCGCUUCGGCGAGAUGCUUGGGCCAGUGGAUCGUAUGGAACGACUGGUCCUUGUCACUAAGGACGGCGGCGCAGUGACCAGACCAGCGUAUAUCAAGGAGGCGAUCCGCUUGCAGCAAGUCAUUGGAAGCGAGGUUGCCGCUGACAGUAUUACACUGAGUGAGAUCUGCGUCAAAGACGCCUCGAGCUCUCCAUGCCAGGUGAAUUCCGUAACGCAGUACUUCCAGAACAGCAUGGAUCACUUCAACAUGUACGAUGCGUAUGGGCUCGUAGGCAAGCACUUGAGCAACUGCGCUAAUGCUCCGGAACGAGCGGACGGUAAUGUGUGCAGUGAGCUGCAAGUGCAACUCAAUGCCUCGGGUGCUUCGCUUCCGACGAGUAUGAGCGGCUGCCCUUGUGCGUCGUCGUUUGGGGUGCCGAUGGCUGAGCUGGAGAAGUACCUGGGCGGAUUGAGUACUGACGGUGGAUCAUUGAAUGCCAGUGCUUAUCUGGAGCAAGCGACAACUCUCUUUUCAACUGCCAUGGUGACUAACCACCAGGAUGGUGCUAAGAACGCAGAUGCAAUCGCUUGGGAACGCGCGUAUAUCGCGCGGAUGGAGAAAGAAUCGGAUACCAACACGAUGUAUGAUAUCUAUUAUGCUGCAGAGGUGUCUGCUGACGACGAGUUCGUGGCUGCUUCCAACUUGGACAUCGUCUUCAAGGCUGGAAUUGCAGGCUUUCUCUUUAUGUUUGUUUACGUGGUCAUUGGACUGAACCACUGGAAGCUGGACUACCGCUUCUUCCAUUCGUCAAAGAUCGGUGUGGGUUUCAUGGGCGUUGCGUGCAUCCUGAUGGCCGUGGGCGGGACCUUGGGUAUCUUUGCGUGGACUGGAGUAAAGCUUCAGAUCGUGACGCUCGUUGUGAUGCCGGUGGUUGUACUUGCGAUCGGCACUGGAAACAUCUUCCUGAUCCUGCAUGCCGUCGACCUGAAGCAAGAAGAGUUGAAGAUGGAGCAGCGCUCACUGUUUGUGGGUCUUGAAGACAACGAUUUCGGUAUUCAUGAGAUCACGUGUGUGCUGCUGUGCGAGGCAACGGGUUAUAUCGGCCCCAGCAUGAUCGCGACGUGCGUAUGCGAGUGCUGUAUCGUUGCUUUUGCAGCAUAUUCGACCAUGCCAGCUGCACAGUGGCUCGCUGGAUCGUUGGUGCUUGGGCUCGCAGCCAGUUUUGCUUUGCAAAUGACCUUGUUCCUCGCCAUCGUAGCGCUGGACAAGCGUCGUGAGCUCAGCGGCACGUACGAUGUGAUCUGCUGUAAGCGGGCAUCGUUCGCUCGCCGCCCUCGCCUCUCCGAAGACGAGACGACUGCUGCGACCGAAAACUCGUCGUUCCCUGGAAGCACUAUUUCACUGCCCGACUUGAACUUGAUGAACCGAUGCGUUGCUGGAUACAUCCAUGUGCUGCUCAAGAAGGUGUCGAAGGUGUUGGUGCUCCUCGUGUUUGCCGCGUGUACUCUGGCGGCGAUUGUCUCCAUCGAGGCAAUGGAUCGCGGUCUUUCACCGAACUCGUUCAUCCCGACGAACUCGUAUCUGCACGCAUACUACCGUGCAGUGGACGAAAAUGACUUGUCGACGAAGGAGUUCCCUGCCUAUUUCGUUGUUGAAGCUGGCUACGGAAGCAACCCUACCGGAUUCAACGAUCUCGCCAACGAUGCGGAAGCUCAAUGCAAACUGUGCUCGUCGAAGGAGUUCUGCGACGACUUGUCGAUCCCGAAUAUUCUCAGUGCGUUGGUUGCCGCUGGGGAAAGCAACGUCACGUUUUUCAAGGACGGCACUGUUGUUGGAUCAUGGUUGGACGACUUCUGGAGCUUUGUUGACCCAGCCAGUGAGUGCUGCCGCGUCGAUGCGGAGAACGACUACUCGUAUUACGCUAUUCUACCGGAAGAGAGCAGCGCUGAAUAUGUGCUCAAGCGCGCGUCCAACGCGCCAUCGUGUCUCGCUGACUCAAGUGCGGUGCUCUCAGUGCCCGAUGAAUCGUUCAUGUCGUUGUUCAGCAUGUUCUCGACUGCGGCUGCUGGACCCUUGUGCUCGUACGCAGCAGGCACGCGCUACCAUGGACAGCUCAGCGUUGAUAGCCAACCUAUUCCUGCCAUGAGCAGUAGUGCUGCUGCGGGCGUGACUCUCAAUGGCACUGGCUACGGCAGUGAUGUGACGGCGUUUGUGUACAAGGUUCUGAGCACUACAGUCGGCUCGUCAAAGAUUUCAGGAAGCCAAGAAGGAGCAAUCGCAGCCUACUCGCAAGCUCAGCACAUUGCCAAGUGGAUCAGCGAGGAAACUGGCAUCGAUGUGUGGGCGUACUCCCCCGAGUACGUUUAUCUGGAUCAGUUCCACUCGGUUCGUCGUACUGCGUACAUUGUGGUGGGUGUCGGACUCGCAGUGGUGUUCGUGCUGCAGAGUUUGGCUCUGGGGAGUUACUGGUAUGGAUUUGCGGUGACUUGUGUCGCUGCAGCCACGGUUGUCCAAGUCGCUGGCCUCAUGAUGCCGAUGGGGGUCCCAAUCAACUCGCUUUCGAUUGUGAGCCUCUCGAUCGCCGUCACCUUUUCCGUCGGAUUCUCGGGGCAUUUUGCUCGUCUUUUUGCCAAGGCUCGCACCAUCACUGACGACUUGGGCUACUCACCUGGCGGCGAUGCCUGCGUUCGGAAGGUGUUGGCGCAGCUUCUCGCGUCGUGGACGUUGGGCGUCGCCGUCUCCAAGUUCGUUGCCAUCGCAGCGCUCGCGCUUGUCGCCACGCCCGUCUUCGAACCCGCUGGGAACUGUUUCUUCCGGACGCUGAUGGCUGCAGCGGUGUGCGCGUGGCUGAACAGCGCCGUGCUGCUUCCCGUCGGGCUCAGCAUUUGUGUGGAUGCCACGGAAGGCCGCGUGCGUGACGUGAAGCCGACGAAUGAAGAGGGCGGGGAGUACUCGCGUGAGAGCCCUUCGUCGUCAUACCACACUGCGCCGCCGACUAGCAAGUACUGA